CCGUUCAGCCAUAGACCAAGCGUAGCUGGUUAGCAGACAACAUAAACAUUGGAACAUCUUUGGACGGAUUCUGUCAUUUAAACGUUUUAAUUCUUUGUUUUUUUAUAACCGACGUUUAUUGCAUAACAAGUAGAACAUGCGGUAGCUUAGCGGAGCGUGUCGAGCUCGGUCAUGUUUGUGUGGAUGUGGGAUUCGCCGAGGCCUUGAAGUUGUCCUGCUAACAAAUGCCCAUGAUUCAGCUGGAGAAACCAGUCCUGACUGGUACCAUGCCAGUGGUAUGGCCGACCAUCCUUGACCUGGGCAGGGAUGAGUGCAAAAGAAUUCUGCGUAAACUGGAGCUGGAGGCUUAUGCUGGGGUUAUAAGCGCGUUGCGAGCUCAAGGAGACCUGACAAAAGACAAGAAGGACCUCUUGGCUGAACUCACGAAAAUCCUUGGUAUCUCAACUGAGCGCCAUCGCGCUGAAGUCCGCAGGGCUGUCAACGAUGAACGCCUCACCACCAUCGCAUAUCACAUGUCCGGCCCCAACAGCUCGUCGGAAUGGUCCAUCGAAGGACGACGGCUUGUUCCUCUGCUGCCGAGGCUGGUCCCUCAGACAGCUUUUACUGUCACCGCUAACGCUGUGGCCAGUGCCACAGCCAAUCAGAACGCAUCCCUUCCUCUGCCGGCCGAGACGGGAAACAAAGAAGUGGUUGUGUGUUACUCCUACACAAGCACCACGUGCACCUCCACCAGCGCGACAUCGACCGGUGCUGUGGGAGCCACGGUGAAAUCCCCACGACCGCCCAGUCCCUCAUCUAACGUGGUGGUGCUGCCCAGUGGGAGCACCGUCUAUGUGAAGAGUGUGAGUUGCUCAGACGAAGACGAGAAACCUCGCAAGCGCAGGCGGACCAGCUCGUCCAGCUCGUCGCCGGUGAUGCUUAAGGAGGUGACCAAAGUUCCCCCACCGGUAUCCAAGAACAUCACGGUGCCGGUGAGCGGCAGCCCCAAGAUGAGCAACAUAAUGCAGAGCAUCGCUAACUCCCUGCCGCCUCACCUGUCGCCCGUCAAGAUCACCUUCACCAAGCCCACCAUCCAGACCACCAACACCACCACGCAGAAGGUGAUCAUCGUGACGACUUCGCCGAGCUCCAACUUCGUGCCCAACAUCCUGUCCAAGUCCCACGCCCACAACCACGCCGCCUUGGCCAAGGUUGGCUCCUCCUCCAUGCUGACCCCGCCCACUCAUAAGCAGACGGUGGUGUUCCCUGCCAGCUCCAGCCCAUCCACCAUCCCCAACACUGUCGCCGUGACGUCAGUGGUCUCCUCGUCUCCCUCAGUCGUCAUGUCAACUGUUGCAUCAUGUGCUGCGUCAGCUGCCGUGAAAGUCGCUUCAACCAGGCUCCCCUCUCCGAAGACGAUGGUGGGUUCACCCACUCAGAUCCUGGCCCAGUUCCCCAAACAGCAGUCGCCCAAACAGCUGCACCAGGGCUCGCCUUUAGGAGGCCACGGUGUCGGUCAGGCUCAGACAGCCACCACCUCACCUGGAGCCAAACCCACCAUUCAGAUCAAACAAGAGUCUGGAGUGAAGAUCAUCACUCAGCAGGUUCAGCCCAGCAAAAUUCUGCCCAAGCCUUCAUCGGUGGCUCUGUCCAGCAGCAGCUCCUCUCCCAUCAUGGUUGUCAGUAGCAACGGAGCCAUCAUGACCACCAAGCUGGUCACUCAGCCCACAGCUACUCAGGCCACCUACACCAGACCAACCGUCAGCCCCAACAUCGGAGCAAGAAUAUCAGCCACCAGUGGAGGGACCACGUACGUGAAGACGACCAGUGGCAGCAUCAUCACCGUCGUUCCCAAGUCACUGGCCUCUCUGGGCGGAAAAAUCAUCAGCAGCAACAUCGUGUCUGGAACCACGACGAAGAUCACAACCAUCCCCAUGACCUCCAAGCCGAACGUCAUCGUGGUUCAGAAAACAACGGGAAAAGGAGCAACCAUCCAAGGACUGCCCGGCAAGAACGUGGUCACCACACUUUUGAAUGCUGGGUAUGUUGCUGUUCCUCAGGGUGAGAAGAGCCUACAGGCUGUUCAGGGCACCAAACCCGCCAUCAUCACCGCCUCUAGACCCAUCACCAAGAUGAUCGUCACCCAGCCCAAAGGCCUGAGUGCCGGAUCCCAGUCCACUGCCACCAAGAUCAUCCCCACCAAGAUCGUCUAUGGUCAGCAGGGCAAGACGCAGGUUCUCAUCAAGCCGAAGCCAGUGUUCCAGACGGCGGUGAUGAGUGAGCAGACAAGGCAGCUGGUGACAGAGACGCUGCAGCAGGUGACCCGCUCUGCUGAUGUGGGUCAGGCGUCGAGCUCAGACGGGUCCGCGAAGGACGAAGUCGCCGCCUUCACAGAAGCGAGCAGCUUAGCGAGUGAGGCUUCACAAGAAGUGCAGCCCGUCGUGCACGUGUUGUCCACCAGGGAGCAGGAUUGGACCGAGCAGGAAGUGUCCGUGGAGUCGAGUCCCACUAUCAUCUAUCAGGAGGUUUCUGCCGGGGAAUCCCAGUCUGCCGCUUCCACCAUCAAAGCCCUGCUGGAGCUGCAGCAGCAGACGACCGUUAAGGACAAGGCUGAGUCCAAACCAAGGCAGCACACGAUCGACCUGAGCCAACUGGCCGUGCCCAUCCAGUUAUCCCAGGAGAAGAAGACCAGCCCGGAUUCUCCCAGACCGUCCACCUCAGAGGCCGAACCCAGCAGCGAGUUCAUCACAGCAGGUAAAGUCAGCAGAGUGGGCGUGUCCUUGGAGGGCGACGACUUUAAAGGGGCGGCGGCCGUCGUCGUUGUCUCGUCCGCAGCUGCGGUUUCACACGGUCACAGCCACGUGGCGUCUGACAGUCACAGUAAACCUGUGGUCGAGGUCAGCGAGCUGGAAGGCGACACCUUAGACCCUCAGACAGGUUUGUUCUACCGCUCCACACAACCAGCCACAGAGUCCGUGAAGCAAACCACCCUCUCUGCAGGCACUCAGCCGCCACCACCACCGCUUCCUCCAAGCCAGUCUGAGGCCGAGCCAAGCCGUCACACCUCCACCACCACACAAGUUACACCUCCAACUCCACAACCGCCGCCACCUCCACCUCAACUGCAAAGCAAACCUCAGCUGAGUCAGCCAUCCUCAUCCUCCGCUGCCUUCCCUUCCACUCCUCCUCUGACCAAGAAACUCCCUAAACUACGUGAGCAGAGUCAGCCCAAACCGCAGACUUUAACUCCGGUCCCCAAAGACAGACCCAUGACUGCGCCGGCCCAGCCAGGGGCAAAGGUCAUCACCCCGGCAACACCGCCCAAGCACCUGGUGACGCCGCAGCUCCCGAAGCUACAGCAGGCGCCCACGUCCCACCACCGACCACUGCACACACCCAUGUCCCACCCUCCUCCUCUGCAGGCGCAUCACCCUGUCAGUACUGACAAGACCACACCGAGUCAGCAACCAAUCAUCACACAGAGUGCGACUGUCACCAAGAUCACGUUCGGCAGCUCCCACCAUUCAUCGCCGGUCUACAGCAGCGGCGAGGCCACAGCCAAGCUGGUCCCCGAGUCCAGCUCUGGACACUCGGGAGACAAACCCUCGGUGUCGGACAUCCUGAAGAUCUCCAUGAUGGAGGCGGAGAUCGACCCCAGCACAGAGCCCAUGGUGGUGGAUUCCUCCAGCGACUGCGGCCCCCUGGGUAAAUCCCUGGACGUCCAGGCGGUGUCCGGCACUCUGGACUCUGGUCAGUUUAUCAGCAGCUCUGGAGCGUCCAUGCAUCACUCCCACGCCAAACCACAGCAGUUCAGCUGCAUGCAGGGCCUCGCCGCUCAGAGCAGCAAAGACGACAUCGAGGUGAUUGAGGUGAUUCCUCAGUACUCCAUCCUGCCGGACUCCAGCCAAUCCAACGUGGUGGUGGAGCCCAGCGGCUUCCUGGAGAUCACCAACUACACCAGCCAGCAGCUGGAGGAGGACAGUCCCAUGGAGCAGGAGGUGGACAGCAGCAAUGACGAGGCCACGGCCGCCAGCCCGCCCGACCAGCCGUGAGCCUCUGACGCAGGUUUUAGCAGACGUUACGUACGACUAGGGGGUGUCACGACCUCAACCUCCGAAAGCAAAGGUGAAAAACACAGUGUUGUGUUUGUAGCCAUUGUAGCACGACUAACAACGUUCAAUGUUGUCGACAAGAAAACCAAGGUGUGUAAUCUAUGUUAUGAGCUUGUAGCAAAGCACAGGACGUAGACCGAACAACAGAAACAACUCCCCUGUCCUCAUUUGGAGCAAAAUUUAAAACAUUUUCAACUAAAUGCAAAAACUAGCGCUAAAGACCUUUUUCAGUGGUGGAAAAAACGUGGGUUGGAAUAUUGGAACCACACUAUAGAACGCCAUGCAGGUCACAUCUUACUCACAAAGGUGUUCAUGUUAUAAAGACCAUAAAGCACGACACAGCACGGCUCUAAUCAGUUUGCUGUUGUUUUCCAUUACUAUAUACAGUAGUUCCUCCUCAACGUGGAGGCAGAGUCGCCAAAGCACGGCAAAGUUGCAUAAACUAGUGAGUAGCACACACAGUUAGAAAGACUUAAAAACCCAGAAAACGUGUUAAUCACCCACAUUUAGCAAAGGAAAUGUGUAAAAUGUCAGUAUGUAACAGAGGAGUCUGGUGCAUUUAGCAACAGCACUGCUGAAAGCCGGCGAUCCUAUGUCGACUCAUGACCCGUUCAGUAGUAUCUCAAUUCAGUGACAUGCAGGAAGUACUGAAUGAUUCUGUGAACAAAUUGGCUCAAACAAAUGAUGACAUUACCAUCGAAAUGGGAAUUAAUUGACAACAAAAUGGUCUAAAAAUCAAGGAUUUGGAGAAUGGUGACACCCCUCGUUAGGAUGCGUUCAAGGCCUCGCAAGCAGCAGACAAAAACUUUUUACAGUGCAAGAGGAGGAAUGUUUUCAUUUAUGUAAAAUAUUAGUUUGUUCAUAAUAAACCAAGGGUUUUUUCUUGAUUUUUUUCCUCCCCCGACAGCUAAUGGCACAUGUUUUUUAUUGCCAGUGUGAGGAGUGAUGCCGAGUAAAAUGUGGGAGUGAGGUGAGAGGAUUAGGUUUGAGUCCCAGAUGGUUGGACAUGAGCCUCUGAAAACACUCUGGGAUUGUUCCAGCGUGUUGACACUGUUACUUACACGACGUUUUGUAAAAUAGAUGAUUGAUUUGACCCGUCUUUGUUUUGUGUAAAAUUUCUACUCACUUGUGUUCCACGUCAACGUUUGUCCACUGUGUUUCAAAAACAAACGAAAAGGAAAUUCACUUGUGUAUUUUUGUAAAAAAGUGUUGGAAAGAACUGUGUUGAGAACAAAGCUGGAGCAGAUUGAUAGAGUCGUGCAGGGACAGUGUGACGUUUGUGCUCAUUUUCAGUGAAAUGUAACACAGAAAAAAAAAAAGGAAUUGAGCAAUGUACUGAACCUGUUUUUUGUAAGAUAUGUUGGUGGGAAAAAGUUGCUGUGAAGAUUUCACUGUGUAUGAAUUUGCAUAGCGUGUUUGAACUAUGCAUUUCUUUUAUACCUUUAGUAGACGGCAACUAUUUAAUCUGCACAAUAAAACAGCUGAGUAGAACGUG